UCAGUUUGACCAGGGUUAAGCAACGAGGGUUAGCCUAGCUUAAAUAAUCGUGGCAGACACUAAAUUAGCUAUCAUAUUCGUUUUACGAAGUUGGGGAAGAAUCAAGAAGCGAGAUUUAGGGUUUUGGACGCCGACAGAAUCUCAUUUUAGAUCUCGGGGUUUAUUAAGUAGGGAAAAAGAAUGGCGGAAGCGUACUGGAGCAGAUAUGCAGGAGCUGAGAGGGACGGCCGUUCUGCGGCUCUCGCUUCCGCUGCUAAGCGUCCUCGCCCGGAAUACGAAAUGCUCGCAGCUGGAGGUCGGGAUGUUCCUGGGUAUCUUCCUCGAGAUGAUCCUCGCCUUGACGAGAGGUCUCGCCGUUUGUUGAGGGAGACAGAUCCACUCGGGCCUGCUUAUGACAGAUAUGCGCGAAAUGGGCUUCCUUCGUAUGGAUCAAGUGGCCUGAGCGCAGGUGACGUUGGUGGAUUGAGUGGAAUGGGGAUGGGUAGGACAGUCGGUGGCGGUAUGCCUACUUCCUACUCGGAUGAACAACUUCUCAUGUCACGCAGGAUGGGUGUUGGAAGUGGGGAUGCAGGCCUUCCGGGGAAGUCACCUGGGAUGGGCUUUAAGGAUAGCCAGGUUAUGAGGGAACCAAUGAGGCGGCCUGAAGACCACCUCCCACCUGAUGCGUCAAAUACCCUUUUUGUUGAGGGUUUGCCAACUACUUGUACUCGAAGAGAGGCAGCUCAUAUUUUUCGCCCUUUUGUUGGUUUCAAGGAAGUCAGACUUGUAAACAAGGAACCUAGACAUCCUGGAGGGGAGCCUCUUGUUUUAUGUUUCGUGGACUUCAUUAGUGCCAGUUGUGCUGCAACUGCCCUUGAAGCCUUGCAAGGUUAUAAGUUUGAUGAAAAUGAGCGGGAUUCACCUUCUCUAAGGUUGCAAUUUGCAAGGUUCCCUGGUCCUAGGGGUGGGGGUGGCCGCGAUCGUGAUGACUAUCGCCGACGUUGAUUUAUCUAUAUCUAUUGCAGAACGGUGCGCUGGUUGAGGGAGAGCAGUUUUGAUGAAGGAACCACUAGAUUUGGUCUUUGUUUAGCAUCUGAUAAUUACCAACUGUUAUUCUAUAGGUUGAGAGAAUUGGCAUUUUAUCGGCCAUUUCUAUUGUUGUAUUGAAUCUAAAUCAAAUGGAAUAUUUGGUUUGUUUUGGUAGAGUGUUUUCUGUUAGGGCACAUAAAAUUUGAAGGAAGAUUUUUCAGAGUUUUUAGACCUAUAGCUUAUUUACAUUGCAAACUCAAAUUGGUAAAUUCGCAGAGAACUCUUUUCUA